UGGGCAAAGCCAUGAAGGAUAAGAAGGGGCCAUUAAUAGCCGGCUCUGGAUGCUGCCCUCCCUACUCGAUCCGCUUCGUUUCUUGCACGAGCUAAAAACAAACACGAUGGAGGAAACUCAGCUUCCUCCGGGAUUCAGAUUCCACCCCACGGAUGAAGAGCUCAUCACAUACUACCUUAGCAAUAAAGUCUCGGAUUUCGAAUUCACAACUAGGGCUGUUGCAGAUGUUGAUCUUAACAAGUGUGAGCCUUGGGAUCUACCAGCAAAAGCAUCAAUGGGGGGAAAAGAGUGGUACUUCUUCAGCCUUCGCGACCGGAAGUACCCAACAGGGCUGAGGACGAACCGGGCGACAGAGGCCGGGUACUGGAAAACCACAGGAAAAGACAAGGAGAUAUACCGCGGGAGCGCGCUGGUGGGGAUGAAGAAGACUCUCGUGUUCUACCGGGGGCGGGCCCCGAAGGGUGAGAAAACCAACUGGGUGAUGCACGAGUACCGCCUGGACACCACCUUCAAGCCCGCCAAGGAGGAAUGGGUCGUCUGCCGCAUCUUCCAGAAGACCGCCACUGUCAAGCGGCCCCACCCCUCCCCGCCAGACGAGUCGUCCCCCGGCGACAUCGAGCUGCCCAGCUUCGGCAUGCCCAGCUCCCCGCCGCCGCCGCAUCCUGACAUCAGUGCUAUGCAGAAUUAUGCUAAUGAUGGCAGCGUGAUGAGCUGGAAUGCGGAAGCGGCGGUUAACUCGAUGCCGCCGUGGCCGUUGCUGAGCACGAAUCUGUCGAUGAAUCUGCUGCUGCACACGGCGCUGCAGCUCCGCGGGCGCGGUGUGCAGCAGCAGCAGGCGGCGGAUGGUUACGGAUUGGUGCCGCAGAUGAAUGUGUUUGGGAGUCAUGAUUUUGGGGGGUCGGGUUUCAGUAUGGGUUCGACUUCGGGGGUUGUGGAGUCGGUGCCGCAGGGGCAGCUGCCAGCGUUGGAGCAGCCGCCGUAUAAUGUGGACUCUAACAUUUGGUGAUGAGCAUUUGUCGUCCAAAGAGGUGUAGGUUCAAAUUGGGCUAAUCCCAUUUAGAGUGGGGUAGUGUGGAUGUUGGGGUGAUUAAUUAGGUAGGUGAUGGGCAAAGUCCAUUGCCGGAAUAAAUCAACAGAAUAAUGGUAGGAUGUAAUACUAGUUAAUUAGCCGCUGCAUUGGAAAAUAUGUGCUUUCUAGUAAACUGUAUGUAUGUUUUGUUGAAAACUCU